AUGGAGAUAAGUUGCUCAGUUUGGAUGGUGUUAAGUGUUAUAUUGGGUGGUUUAUUGGCAUUUUACGGGAUACUUAAAAAUGGAAAUGAGUUGUUUUAUGUAAGGAGAUUAGGCAAGAUGAGACAUUUGCUUCCUCCGGGUGAUAUGGGAUGGCCAUUCAUUGGCACUCAAUUAUCUUUUCUUAAAGCCUUCAAAUCUGGUGAUCCUGAUUCUUUCAUCUCCAACUUUGCUUCAAGAUUUGGAGCAACAGGAAUAUACAGAGCAGUAAUGUUUGGAAAACCAUGUGUUAUAGUCACAACACCCGAGUCUUGCAAGAGAGUCUUAUCAGAUGAUGCAACUUUUGGACCUGGUUUCCCUGAAUCAAUCACCAAACUUAUGGGUAAAAAGGCAUUCCAUGGAAUCUCUCAAGAAGAACACAAGCGCCUUCGAAGGCUGACAACAGCUGCCCUUAGUGGUCAAGAAGCAUUGUCCAUUUACCUUAAACACAUCGAAGAAAUCGUGAAGACCUCAUUGGAGGAAUGGUCUAUCAUGUCAAAACCAAUUCAGUUCUUGACUGAGAUGAGGAAGAUUGCUUUCAAAGUGAUUAUGUAUGUUAUGGUGGGUGAGACGAGUACUGAUCAUGUCAUCAUGGAGGCCUUAGAGAGGGAGUAUACAACUCUUAAUCAUGGACUCAAGUCCAUGGCUAUUGACCUUCCUGGCUUUGCCUAUCACAAUGCUCUUAAGGCUAGGAAGAGCUUGCAGAAGAUAUUUCAGGGAGUCGUAGAUGAAAGAAGGCUAGGAAAAUUGGUACAUAAGAAAGAAGAAAAGAAGGAUAUGUUGGAUGUGCUAAUGGGUAAUGAAGAUGAAAAUGGGGGUAAAUUAAGUGAUGAGGAGAUUGUAGAUUUAAUCAUCAUGUUCUUGAAUGCUGGACAUGAAUCUUCUGGUCACGCAGCUAUGUGGGCAGUUGUGCUCUUACAAGACCACCCUGAGGUCUUCCAAAAAGCUAAGGAAGAGCAGGAAAACAUUGUAAACAAGCGAGGGCCUAAUCAGAAAGGACUGACAUUAAAAGAGACCAGACAAAUGGAGUAUUUAUCCAAGGUCAUUGAUGAGACACUACGCGUUGUGAAUAUAUCAUUCACCCUUUUUCGAGAGGCAACCAAAGAUGUUAACAUCAAUGGUUUUAUUGUACCUAAAGGAUGGAGGAUAUUGCCCUGGCUAAGAAGUGCUCAUCGAGAUUCAGACAAGUACCUAAAUUCUAAAGAAUUUAAUCCUGCAAGAUGGGAUGAUCCAAAAACAAGAGCAAAUUUCAUACCUUUCGGAGCAGGAAGUAGAAUGUGUCCUGGCCGCGAUUUAGCUAGACUUGAAGUCUAUACCUUCCUUCAUUACUUCCUCCUCGACUACAAGUUAGAAAGGAUUAAUCCUGGAUGUCCUGUAAGAUACUUACCUAUUUCAAGGCCUAUCGAUAAUUGUCUCGCCAAAGUUACAAGGGUGUCAUACUCAACCUGUGCUAUAUAGCACCUAGUAGCUUAUAUGGAGGAAUGGCUUAGUAUUUUAUGCUCUAUCUUUCUCCUCCCAAGUCCCAAAUCUUCUAUCAUGAAAUAUACUGUACCAUGAAAUUAUUGUUGAAUGAAACAUGUUUGCAAGUGUAAUAUUGAUAUGUUUAAGCAACAUUUUCUAGUUUCUUUGAAGUUUGUUUGUAUUUCCU